UGAUUGCUUUGUUUCUGUAAAGCUGGGAAUUGAAUUGAAUUGAAAAGAUGGUUAAGAUACGAAGCUACAACAGUCGAUUCGACAGAGCUCGCGUGGAAGAUCUCGAGAGAAGAUGUGAGGUAGGGCCUAAAGAGCAUGUGUUUCUCUUCAUAGAUACUAUGGGUGACCCCAUCUGUAGAAUUCGUAACAGUCCCCAGUUCAACAUGCUGGUGGCCGAGUUGGGCAACGAGAUAGUUGGAGUGAUACGAGGAACUGUGAAAGUUGUGACGAUUAAGAAAAACCCUAAGAAUCCGGUGAAAGUAGGGUACGUAUUAGGGCUAAGGGUGUCGCCCAUUCACCGGAGAAAAGGGAUUGGUUCCAGCCUGGUGCGCCACAUUGAAGAAUGGUUCCUCUCCAGAAACGUGGAUUAUGCGUACAUGGCCACCGAGAAAGAUAAUGAGGCCUCAAUCAAACUGUUCAUCCACAAAUUCGGUUACGUCCGGUUCAAGACUCCAUCAAUCCUCGUCCACCCGGUCGGCCGUCGUCCAAACCUCCGACCCUCGGCCGGUGUGAGAAUAUCCAAGGUCAGCGUGGAAUGUGCGGAAUUUCUUUACAGGAGUUUCAUGGGGGGGUCAGCCGACUUUUUCCCUGUCGAUAUCGACAAAAUUGUUAGGAACAAGCUGAGCCUGGGCACGUGGGUCGCCUUCUUUCGCGGAGACUCGUCGGGCGAAUUCGGUGGAACCACCAUCGCGGAGCUGCCAAAGAGCUGGGCCAUGCUCAGCGUAUGGAACUGUGCCCAACUUUUCAAACUAACCUUAGGCCGACAGACCUUGUCUUGUUCCUUGUACGGGACAAUUGCGAAACUGUUGAACGACGCCGUUCCGUGCCUGAGACCGCCUUCUUCACUCCCAGAUUUGGUCGGCCCCUUCGGAUUCUACUUUGUGUAUGGUUUGCACCGGGAGGGACCAUUGUCCGGCAAGCUGGUCCGGGCGCUUUGGAAAUUCGUAUGUAAUAAUAACUUAUUGGUAUGCGGCACUCAUGAUUCAGACCACGACAACAACAACAACGUUAAACUUAUUGUAACAGAGGUUGGAUGUUGCGACGACAAUAAGCACCUAAGACUUGACAUCCCACAUUGGAGACUACUGUCGUGUCCGGAGGAUUUGUGGUGCAUAAAGGCAUUGAAGAAUAAUGAACAGAAACAAUCCCUCCAAGAACUCAUCGCAAACUCCAAAGGCGCCCUCUUUGUUGACCCAAGGGAGGUGUAACGUAACUAAAUUAUAUUCUUCAUUCCCGUGGCCCUGUUUGGUAAAUAAUCAGUCUAUUUUGGCUUA